GCCUCUUCCGGCUGAGCCGUGGGAGGCGGCGUGGAGGGUGCUUCUCCUGCUCUUCCCAGGACUCCAGCAGCUGGAAGAUCAAAAAGAUCCUAGGAAGAGAAUUCCAGACAAGUGAGAAUCCCAAGCAGCAUUAAAAGGAAAGCAAAUCCAGCAGCAAUGAAAGUAUUUUCCACCUCCACCAGAAAACUACAAAAGGUGACAGACAAGCAGGUGACAGACAAAAGAGAGAAUAUGAAGAGAGUUUUGAGUUGGAAAAAACUUAAUAUGUAGAAUUCAAGCAAACACUCCAGAAAAAGAUCAAAGGGGAUUAUUUUCAAAUUCAGGAAAAGGAGAGGUAAUUUGGAAUCCGUGCAGGAGGAAGUGGUCAUUUGAUAGUCACAUAGCAUAGGCAGGCAUUCAAGCUUCACCCUGUGAAGGAAGUAAGAGUAGCUUGAAUGAAAGCACCAAGAAGGGAUCCAAAAUAUUUUUGGUCUUGAGAAUCCAAAAAUAUACUUGGUGGAAAAACUCUACAACGUGUAUAUUUUAGGGAAAAAUACAGAUUGAAGAGCACAGCUGAUAAUGCAUGAGAGGACACACACUGAAGAAAAACUCACCCACGAUGUGGCAAAUAGUUUUAGGAAAUGUGAUACGCAAGACGAUUCAAUGGGGGAGAAACCAUAUGAGUGUCCGGAUUGUGGAAAAGGUUUUAGUCGGAAUUGCAACCUGACAAUACACCAGAGGACUCACACGGGAGAGAAACCGUACGAGUGUCCAGACUGUGGCAAAAGUUUCAGUCAGAAUUCCAAUCUAAUUAUACAUCAGAGGAUGCACACAGGAGAAAAACCCUAUGAAUGUCCAGAUUGUGGGAAAGGUUUCAGUCAUAAUUCCAAUCUUGUGAAACACCAGAGGACUCACAGAGGGGAGAAACCGUAUGAGUGUCCAGAUUGUGGGAAAGGUUUCAGUCAUAAUUCUAACCUGAUGAUACACCAGAGGACUCACACAGGAGAGAAACCGUAUAAGUGUCUUGACUGUGGGAAAGGUUUCAGUCAGAAUUCCAAUCUUAUUAAACACCUGAGGACUCAUAAUCGAGAGAAACGGUACGAGUGUCCAGAUUGUGGGGAAUGUUUCUUUCAUAAUUCCAACCUGAUGAUACACCAGGAAGCUCACACAGGAAAGAAACCCUAUGAAUGUCCUGAUUGUGGGAAAAGUUUCAGUAAUAAUUCCAACCUUGUGAAACACCAGAGAACUCAUACUGGGGAGAAACCCUAUGAGUGUCCAGAUUGUGGGAAAAGUUUCAAUCAAAAUGCCAACCUGAUGCUACACCAGAGGACUCACACAGGGGAGAGACCAUAUAAGUGUCUGAACUGUGGAAAAUGUUUCACUUGGUAUUCUGGCCUGGUGAUACACCAGAGGACACACACAGGGGAGAAGCCACACGAGUGUCCUGAUUGUGGGAAAGGUUUCAGUACUAGGACUAACCUUAUAAAUCAUGUAGGUUUACACACAGGUGAGAAACCUUUCAAGUGCCCAGAGUGUGGAAAAUGCUUCUCUCAAACCUCUUCCCUUGUUAAACAUAAAAAAAUCCACAUCACCCAAAAGGACUCAAUGGGGGAGAAACCAUAUGGGUGUCUAGAAUGUGGGAAAACCUUCAGUCGGAAUUCCCACCUGGUGAUACACCAAAGGACUCACACAGGGGAGAAACCAUAUGAAUGUCCUGAUUGUGGAAAAGGUUUUAGUCGGAAUACCAACCUAACAAUACAUCAGAGGACUCACACAGGAGAGAAACCGUACGAGUGUCCAGACUGUGGCAAACGUUUCAGUCAGAAUUCCAAUCUGGUGAUACACCAGAGGAUGCACACAGGACAGAAACCUUAUGAGUGUCCAGAUUGUGGGAAAAGCUUCAGUCAGAAUUCUGACCUGGUAAUACAUCAGAGAACACACACAGGAGAAAGACCAUAUGAGUGUCCAGAUUGUGGAAAAAGUUUCAUUCAGAAUUCCGAUCUAGUGAUACAUAAGAGGACUCACACAGGGGAGAAACCAUAUGAGUGUCCUGAUUGUGGGAAAGGUUUUAGUCGGAAUUAUGCGCUGGUAUUACAUCAAAGAACUCAUACUGGGGAGAAACCGUAUGAGUGUCCAGGUUGUGGGAAAUGUUUCAGUCGGAACUCCGACCUUGUGACACAUCAAAGGACUCAUACUGGGGAGAAACCUUAUGAUUGUCUGGAUUGUGGGAAAAGUUUCAGUCGGAAUUCCCACCUUGUGCUACACCAGAGGAGUCACACAGGAGAGAAACCAUAUGAGUGUCUGGAUUGUGGAAAAAGUUUCAGUCGGAAUUCUGGGCUGGUGAUACACCAGAGAACUCAUACUGGGGAGAAACCUUUUGAGUGUCCAGAUUGUGGGAAAAAUUUCAAUCGUAGUUCCCACCUGGUGAUCCACCAGAGGACUCACACAGGAGAAAAACCAUUUGAGUGUCCCGAAUGUGGGAAAACUUUUAGUCGGAAUUGUGAGCUGGUGAUACACGAGCGGACUCACACAGGGGAGAAACCGUAUGAGUGUCCUGAUUGUGGGAAGUGUUUCAGUCAGAAUUCCCAUCUGGUAGUACACCAUAGAACUCACACAGGAGAAAAACCAUAUGAGUGUCCAGAAUGUGGAAAAGGUUUCAGUACUAGAUCUAAACUUAUAAAUCAUUUAGGUUUACAUACAGGGGAGAAACCCUUCAGAUGCCCAGAAUGUGGACGGUGUUUCACACAUUAUUCCUCCCUUAAGGCACACAAGAAAAUCCACAUAAGGCAGACAGGGAUGAGUGUAGAAAAGCCCUGAAUUUCAUUUCUGAUUUCCCAUUGGGAAUGCAAAUUAAAAUUUAAUUUUUGGUCUUAUUCUCUUUAGUAAAUCACGAUUCAGUGUUGGCAUAAGGGAGGGGAGGUAAAUGGAAAAGUUACUUUGGUGAAGGCUAACUACCUAUAUCUGACUAACAGCAUACUGUAGUGAAUAAUCAGUUUUGCAGAAUUUUGCAGUUUUGCAAUUGCCUCACAAAAUAUCUGGCUUGUUGCGGGCGGGGGUUGUGGGUGUUGGCAUAUUGAUCAUCACAGAUCAUAGAGAUGCCCCUGGAAGAAUUUCAGCUUUCUAUCUGCUGUUUGCCUAACGAUGGCAACUGUUGUAAGUUGGCUUGGUCUUGCAACAUUGUGCUUUAUGACCGUGUCGUUUAGCGACAAGACUUGCCAGUCCCAAUUACCAUUAUUAGGUGUGGGCUACAUGUGUUUGUUUUAU